CUCCGCCGCUUGUCGUCGACGCCACCUGGUCCUGCGGCCGCCGUCGCCUCUCUUCCUCUUUCCACCUUCAUUGUCGUCAGACAAAUGAUGCAAUCGGAGAUGACAGACAGAGGGAGAAGCUUCAAGGGACAGAGGAAAUGAUGCUCUCAGAGAAUUUUGGAUGGGGGGUGAGGAAGGGCAUUUAAGUUUCUAGUACUACCUUCCUGUAGAUUUCCCAGUCCAUCGGUUUCAUUAGUUCAAAGUAGAUUUCUGCAUUGCAAACUACCAGCUUUGGCCAAUCUUGUUGCUUCCUUCUUUGGAACAAACUAUGCCUGCACCUUCGAAAUGUUUUUUUCUUUCCAUUUCCAGAAGCAUCUACAUUCUCUCGUUUUCUUCUUCCCUUCGUCCCCUACACACUCAACCCUCUUGUUCUCUAGCUCUCUCGUUCCUCUAUGCUCGCUCAAUGUCCUCCUCACCCCACCAAGAUCAAAACCUUCAACCCCAAUUCACAAACCCUAGCUCUCGUACUAGAACACCAUUGGAGAAGCAAUUUGAGACUUGGGUACAAAAGCUCAAACCUGGGUUCACUCCAUUUGAUGUUGAUGAAGCCUUGCGUGCUCAAUCUGACCCUGAUCUUGCGCUGGACAUCUUCCGAUGGACUGCCCAGCAACGUGGGUAUAAGCACAACAAUGUCACAUAUCUUACAAUGAUUAAGCAACUCAUUUCAGGUAGGCGGUAUCGACACACAGAAACCCUAGUUGAGGAAGUAAUUGCUGGUGCUUGUGAUGCUAGUGUUCCUCUAUACAACUCUAUUAUUAGAUUCUGUUGUGGUCGGAAGUUCCUUUUUAACCGUGCUUUUGAUGUGUAUAAGAAAAUGUUGAAGUCUGAGGAUUGUAAGCCCACACUUGAAACUUACUCCUUGUUGUUCAAUUCACUUCUCAGGAGGUUUAAUAAAUUGAAUGUGUGUUAUGUGUAUUUACAUGCUGUUAGAUCAAUGACCAAGCAGAUGAAGGCUUCCGGGGUUAUUCCUGACACUUUUGUGUUGAAUAUGAUUAUAAAAGCAUAUGCAAAGUGUUUGGAAGUUGAUGAGGCCAUCAGGGUUUUCCAUGAAAUGGGUUUAUAUGGCUGUGAGCCUAAUGCUUAUACUUAUGGUUAUAUUGCAAAAGGUCUGUGUGAGAAAGGGAGGGUGAAUCAAGGCUUAGGGUUUUUUAAGGAGAUGAGGGGCAAGUGUUUGGUGCCAAGCACCAGUACUUAUGUGAUAAUCAUUUGUAGUCUUGCUUUGGAGAGGAGGUUUGAGGAUGCUAUUGAGAUUGUGUUUGAUAUGUUGGGUAAUUCUAGGUCCCCUGAUCAAUUGACUUACAAGACUGUAUUGGAAGGGUUAUGUCGAGAAGGGAGAGGCAAUGAGGCUUUUGAAUUACUUGAUGAAUGGAGGAAUAGAGACAUCUCAAUGAAUGAUAAGACAUACAAGAUUUUGCUGAAUGGAUUGCAUUUCCUUUCUCGGGAAUAGAUUCUUGACUUGCUCCUCACCUCGGGUGUAAAGUCCAGAUGUGUGAAGACUUUCUUAUGCUGAAUUCAGUUUUUCUAACAAGCAAAACUAUAAGUUCUUCUAAGCCCUUGUUGUGUUGUACGAAGUGAUAUUAUUCUUGGAUAAGAGUGAUGGGUAUAGGCAGAUUGAAGCUUUGUGCUUUCUGUGAGAAAUUAUUCCAAUAUCUGAAGAUGGUUUUGGGUGAUUGGAGGUGUUGGUGGGUUUUGGAGUUUCCUCUUAUUCAGAUGCAUCAUUGAUAACUAUGUUAUUAUCAUGCGACCUAGAUAUAUUUGGGUUCUAAAAGGGAGGGCAAUGGGAUGUUCGUGGAUGUGAAUCAAACUUUCAGACUUGUUCUGAUGGGAGGUCAAUAUUGGGGAGAGAAGAGAUGCUAGGCAGCACACUGAGUAUUAGAGCUGGCUGGAAGCCAGAAAGUAAAAAAAUGGCUCCACACGCGUUCAUUUGCUUGUGGGCAGAGGAGGGACAACACGGCAAUCACAGCAUUAAGACUGCAACUUGGCAGGCUUCAUUUAUUCAAUGAAUAAACUUGAACAUGUAAAGAUUCAGUAUGUUUAGUUUAACUGCAGAAUUACGUCAGAGGUGGGAAGAUUAUGACAGAGCACAUCCUUGAGACAAUCUUGGCAAGGCAUAAGGUUGCUAACCUUCUUUGUCAUGUGAAAUCGUUUUUGUUUUGAGUGACUUAUCUAUGAUGUUUCAAAUACAGUCAAUUGGAUCAUUUUCCUUUUGUGGAAACAUUUGAAAGCAAUGUCAACAGGCUGAAAAGCUAGGUCUUAUGUUGCAUACUGCAAGAAACUGAAGUUCUUCCUUUUCUGCUAAUUGAACAGCUGUAUACCCACCGACAACUAUCAACAAAAGCUCCAUCUGCAUUUGCAUCUU